GGGCGGAUCACCAGGUCUUUUCUCCCGCGGAGCCUCUGGUAGGUUGGAACCAUUAACCUUUCCGUUAGCAGCCAAGUGCUUAACCAUGGCGCCACCAGGGCUCCGCAUCUCUGCAGGAGUUUAGCAAAUACAGAACCCGGACUCCCACCCUAAGUAGGAGGAAACUCCUGGUCCUGAAGUCUGCCCUUGCCACCCGCAGGCUGCCACUAUUAUGUUGUUGAAUCAGAACACCUUGCUGCUGGGGAAGAAGGUGGUCCUGGUGCCCUACACCUCAGAGCAUGUGCCCAGAUACCACGAGUGGAUGAAAUCUGAGGAGCUGCAGCAGCUGACAGCCUCAGAGCCGCUGAGCCUGGAGCAGGAGUACACAAUGCAGCGCAGCUGGCGAGAGGAUGCUGACAAGUGUACCUUCAUCAUUUUGGAUGCAGAGAAAUGGCAGGCCCAGCCAGGCGUCACCGAAGAGAGCUGUAUGGCAGGCGAUGUGAACCUCUUCCUCACAGAUCCAGGGGACCCCGCCGUGGGGGAGAUCGAGGUCAUGAUUGCGGAGCCCAGCUGCAGAGGCCGGGGGUUUGGCACUGAGGCUGUUCUCAUGAUGAUGUCUUACGGAGUCACCAAGCUAGGUCUGACCAAGUUUGAGGCUAAAAUCGGGCAAGGAAAUGAACCGAGCAUCCAUCUGUUCCAAAAACUUCACUUUGAGCAGGUGGCUGUGAGCAGCGUCUUCCAGGAGGUGACGCUCAGACUGGCUGUGAGUGAGCCGAUGCGGCAGUGGCUGCUGGAGCAGACCAGCCACGUGGCAGAGAAGCCGUACAGAGCUGGGUCAGCCGAGCCCCACUGACAGCUGGGCCUCAUGGGCAGCUGGCGUGUGGAUGGGACGUCGGGACUACAUGCUCCAAAGGCCAGAACCCAGCCACAGGAGAUGGAUGUAUGGGGUCUCAGGGCCAGUGCUGCUGGUGCAUCCCCAGGCUGGAAAUAACCCUUUAGGACCCAGGCCCCUCCGACUCUGGACUUGCCUUUGCCUCCCUCAGGCUGGUGGUGUGGCCAAGCCCGACUCCCAGCCAGACCUGGACUCAGACUAGGAACCUGCAGUAGAUGUAUGAAACCACAGGAGGAGUCAGGGUGGACGUGGGAACCAAGGUUACAGGGGGCCUGGAGAAUGGAUGGGGCAGACAGGGCCUCCCUGUCUGGUGAAAGGCCGGGGGAGGCCCUGGCAGGAGUAAAGCACAUGGCAGGCCUGCUUCUCGCUUUCUUAUUCUGCCAUGUGGAGACAGGAGGCCCCAUCUCGGAGUGUGUGGAGGUGUGGACAGGGCUGGCUCUGUCCUGUUGUCGUGUAGAAGCAGGCAGGGUGGGGACGCAGGGUGGUGUGGAAGCCAGGGACCUAGGCUCUGGAAGGACAGACAGGCUGCUCAGAAAGGGGGCAAGUGGCCUUCCUCCCUUCUCUUUAGAGCUGGUUUUGAGUGUAGAGGAGGAAGGAAGAAGUUACCAUUGGAGACAGCUCCGUGUGACAAGUCCCCGGUUGGUGAGGUGCGGCCUCCAGCUCAGUGGCAGGGGCUGUGGGAAGAAGCCUCAGUGGGGCCUUGAGCAGGAGGGGUUCGGUGCCCCCUCCCUGGGCCUCCUCUCCGAGCAGCUGCACAUCUGGCAAGGCCACGCGGGGGCAGCGGAGGCACAGGCUGGGAAGGCCAGGCUGCCUGUCAACUGUCUGCCCGUCACUUAAGACGUGGGGCUGGGCAGGUCUCCCUGGCCUAGCUGAGGUGGCCGACACCCUCAGGUUUCUAUCCUACAUCCCACCCCGGUCACAGUUUGCCCACAGUUUGCCGAGGCGUCAAGAAAGGCCAGGCAUGUUCUUAAAAGCCAGUCAAGGAAGAGACCCUGGAGGGCACGUAGGGCUUUUUCGAGAGUCCCUGGCUGGUGGAGACAGUUAAGCGCUUGUCUAGCCGGAAGGCUGGCAGUUUGAACCACUCAAGGAUUCUCGGAAGACCUGGCAAAUCUGCUUCUGAAAGGUCACGGUCAUGAAAACCUUCUGAAGCACAGUUGUACUCUGCACACCUGGGGCUGCCGUGAAUCAGUCAACUUGAUGGCAGCCAGCAACAGGGUGUUUUCAAGCUCGGGAAACAGUCCCAGAUAAAGAAGGUGACUUGCCCAGGGUCCCCCUGCUUGUUGUGGCACAGCCAGAACUGCUCUGCCCCUGGCUUCCAGGCCCUGGCAUUGCGUGCUAGACAAAGAUGCAGGUGAUAGUCUACGCAGGUGAGAAGCAGUAGAACCGUGCCUAACAUCAAAGCUCCACUCGCUGUGGCCCCCUCUGUACUGUGCUCCCCAGCCAUAGGAGUUCCCUCCAAGCCACCUGUCCCUUCCUCCUGUCUUUAGCUGUCGGAGUCAAAGUUCCCCCAGGGCUUCCCCCACAAGGCAGGCGAGGUAGGGAGGGGCCUCCACAGCCCUGUGGGGCAAUCCUUAGGCCUGCUCCACCUGUGUGGAGGCGUCUGUCAGGGGUCAGAGAAUAGAGGCGGGGUGGGGUAGGGACAGGCGAGGCACAGGCAGUGCAGGGGACAGGACGAUUGGUACCAGGAUAAGGGAUUUGAAUGGUUUCAUGCUAGUGGAAUCCCAGCCCUAAUGAGCUGAGAUGGACAGAUAAUGGCUGGCUUCUCUCUCAAGCCAAAGGUCCCCUUCCCAGUUCACUGUCUUCCAUUUUUAUGUGGCUUCUGAGUGGUCUUCUCGUAGGCUGGGCGGAAAGCAGCCUGGGGCGUUUCUCUGAACUCCUGCUCUUGACCCUAUUGGCCCACCAGCCUCCAUUCUCUCAGGCCACCCUGGCAGGGCUCCAAGAUGUGGCCUCGGGCUAGAGGUACAAGCCAGCUGGGACCAAACUGGUUACCCUCCAGAGCUCUUGUGAAGGGACAGGGCAUUUUGCCCUUGGAAAGUCCCCUCCACUCCACCUUGCUCUGCAGCAUGUCCUGGAGCUUGGUGGACCUGGUUUGUUUUCCCUAAACCCUGGACAAUUGCCCUCCAAUUAGGUCAGCGGCCAGAUAAGAUAGUGUAUCUGGCACCAGCUUAGGCCACCUCUGGGAAUCCUGCACCCCACUGGCUGCAGGCAGAGAUUAAAGCCAAAUCCCUGCAUUCCUAAUUCUGCUCCAUCCUGGGGUCCACACUCCAGCACUCCUGGGGUUAGAGCAGUCUCCCACAGACCUGAGACGGGAGUCUCAGCUCCCAGCCCACUGGGCCAGAUAAGCACCCGACAGCAGAAGGACCCCCACCUGCACCAGUGCUAGAC